AUGCAAAAAUUGUGCCAAAUCUGUGGAGCCGAUGCUCAUGGACUUCAUUUCGGAGCCAUUUCAUGUAGAGCAUGUUCUGCAUUUUUUCGACGAGCCUUACUAUCCAAAAAAUUGCGGAAAACCUGUAAAAAUGAGAAUUUGUGCACCGAUUUUUCUGGAUUAAAAACUCCAGCCUGUAAAAUUUGUAGAAUGAGGAAAUGUAUCAAAAUGGGAAUGAAACCUCAAACCCUUCAAAAAGUCUCAAGAUCUGUGGAAAUUUUUGUGGGCCGUCCAAAUAUGGUCCUUUUCACAACAAAUACCAUUAAAAAACGAAAUUACGUUGAUGUCAAAAAUCUGGUAGCCGCCGCAUUCGAAAUUCUAAAAUUUGGAGCUCCAACUCCGCUGAGCAAUAAUUUAUCGCAAUUGGAAAGGAUGUCCCUAGAAGUUACGUAUUCUACUGGAAAAUGUCAAAAAUUAGAUACAAUCUGCAAAAAUAGUUUUUCCGAAGUUUGGAAGUUUGAUUUUCUGACAGCAGCAAAAUGGCUAACUCAGUUGGAGGAAUUCACAAUGUUACCAAUGAAAAUUCAGAUGCAACUCCUCCAAGCGAUCUGGAGUGUGUUUGGACGCAUUUACAAAUCUGGAAAAACUGUGGAGCUUAGGAAAACGCAAGGAGAAAAUUCGCGAACAAUGAAUUUGUCCGAUAAACAUUAUGUGGAAAUGGAGAAUACAAAAAUUGAUAUGUCGUGGCUCAGUCCGUACCCAUUUGAGCAAAUUAUGGCAUUUUUCUGCGCAGGAUCUGAUGCUUGUGAGACACACAUGAUGAUUGAAGAUAUAGCGAAAAUGGAACUUUCUGAAAUCGAAUUGACUUACAUGACCGCUCAACUAUGCUUCCAGUACGCUGAAACUCGAUUCGCUGGAACAGAACUUUCUGGAAUUUGUGAUAGAUUUUUGAAAAUUCUAGCCAAUGAUCUUCAUGAGUACUAUAUGAGUGAUACGUUUGGAAAUCGAAACUAUGCGUCGAGGAUUAUGAAGAUGAUGAAAAUUAAUCAGCAUUUACAGAGAGCCAUCCGACUACAACGGGAAAAAACGCUGAUUGCUCAUACUUUUGAUAUUUUUAUCGCUGAUUUUUCGCAUCCAGAAAUGUUUGUAGAUUCUGGAUGUUAA